UUGGGGAUGAUUUAAUUUACGGGAUAUAUUAUAAUUUAUAAUAAUGAAUGAAUUUAGGAGGUGGAUUAUUGUUAAUCGAGUAGAUGACGACGAGUCAAGGGGGGUUAUCGUCCCGGAGAAGUAUGUCGUUGACGCACUCUUCGUCUCAGUCCCGGAGAAGAGCCGCCGCCGCCGCUGCCGCCGCGUUGGAGAACGUUGGCGGCGGCGCAGGAGGAGGCGCUGGGGACUCCUCCUCCUCUAGCCGCAAAUCUCUUUCGACUUCUCGUUCCAUUUUCCGUCGUAUUUGCAAUAGGGGACUAAAUGGAGAACGAACGGUGAAGAGAUUGCGUCUAUCGAGAGCAUUAACAGUACCCGAAACGACAACUAUUAAAGAAGCUUGUCAUAAAAUGGCUGCACGUAGAGUCGAUGCCUUAUUGCUAACCGAUUCAAAUGCGUUAUUAUGUGGGAUCUUAACCGAUAAGGAUAUAGCUACAAGAGUUAUUGCUCGUGAGAUAAAUCUCGACGAAACGCCUGUUUCCAAGGUUAUGACAAGGAAUCCGGUAUUUGUGCUUUCCGACACUCUUGCUGUUGAAGCCUUGCAAAAGAUGGUUCAAGGAAAGUUUAGACAUUUACCGGUUGUCGAAAAUGGAGAGGUGAUUGCUCUGCUCGACAUAACGAAAUGUUUGUACGAUGCAAUAGCUCGUAUGGAGAGAGCCGCAGAGAAGGGAAAGGCAAUUGCAGCUGCUGUUGAAGGCGUCGAGAAACAAUGGGGAACAUCGGUUUCAGGUCCCAACACAUUCAUCGAGACACUUCGAGAGCGGAUAUUUAGACCCUCGGUGUCUACUAUAAUACCCGAGAAUUCAAAGAUUGCUACGGUCGAUCCAAGCGACACGGUGCUAGCUGCUGCAAAAAAGAUUCUUGAACUCCGGACUAGCUCCGCAGUUGUUACGGUAGAAAACAAACCUCGAGGAAUACUAACUUCGAAAGAUAUGCUGAUGAGGGUCAUAGCCCAAAAUCUUCCGCCAGAAUCAACUACAGUCGAGCAGGUAAUGACUCCAAAUCCGGAAUGUGCGACGUUGGAUUCACCUAUAGUUGACGCUCUUCAUACUAUGCAUGACGGGAAAUUUUUACACCUUCCGGUAAUUGAUAAAGACGGAACAAUUGUAGCUGUCAUCGAUGUGCUUCAUAUAACUCAAUCUGCUGUAGCCACGGUCGGAAAUAGUGGCGGAGGCAAUAGUGAAUCUGCAAAUAUGUUGAUGCAGAGCUUUUGGGAUUCGGCCAUGGCGUUAACUCCAGACGACGAGGAAGAAACACUGAGGUAUGAGAACUCGUUGAAGAUGCCUUCCGACGUAGGAGAGACGGGCCGUUCGAUUCCGCAACAGCCUUCUUUAACAACAAGCAAUACUUUCUCUUUCAAGAUUCAAGAUAGAAAAGGGAGAAUGCAUAGGUUCAUAAGUGAUACACAGAACGUGACCGAACUUAUAACGGCAAUCCUUCAGAGAAUCGGGGCUGAAAUCGACCGUAACAACCCUCCACAAAUUGUGUACGAAGAUGAAGACAAUGACAAGGUUGUCCUCGCAUCAGACAGUGAUCUUCAAGCAGCUGUAUACCAUGCAAAGCUCGCUGGUUGGAAGGUAUUAACACGGUUCUACACUACUCGAGGACUGAGAUUACAUUUAGACUAUCUAGGAGGACUUCCUCGCAAUCGAAAGGGAUCGAAGAUGGAAUAUGCCGAAGGAGAUGGAUCGGCUUCUUCGGCAUAUAGUGCUGUAGCAGCUGGAGCUGCACUAAUUGCUUGUUUAGGUUUUUAUGCAUACUUGAGGAGACUUGGAAAAUGAGAGUGCCUUCACUUUGGAAUAUUUGGUUUGGGUAUAUAGAAACUAUACACAUAUAAAAACAUAUU